AUGUACUUUCUCGGGCCACAGAACUGCGUCCUUUCCAUAGUCGAAGGAAGAUCCGACGAUGGCACCUUUGAAGUACUUAACCAGCUCAGCGCUAGCAUGACGCUCCUUGGAAUUAGAUACCACUUCAAAUCGAGCGACAUCAACCCUUUGGCCAAAGGAGGAGACCGUAUCGAAGGCCUUGCAAAGCUCCGCAACCUAGCCGUGAGAGACCUUAUCGCACAUCCGGAGCAUUACGACGAGGAUACUACGGUGAUUUUUUCCAACGACAUAAGAAUGACUGGGGACCUAUUCUUCAAUAUCCCGGAAGACGGAUCAUGGGAUAAUGCCUGGAACCUCUUCCAUAAUGACCCUAAGGCACACGCGCGCUGGUCGAGUUCGAAACCAUUCCAGGUGUUCGCAUGCUGGAACGGCAUAACAGCCUUCACCGCGAAACCGCUCAUGGAGAAGAAGAUCAAGUUUCGGGCGCAUAAGGAGGGCGAGUGUUUCCAAGGCGAGCCGAAGUUGUUCGCCAAGGACAUGUGGUUCAACGGCUAUGGCAAGAUUGCUGUAGUACCAAGCGUUAAUGUCGAGUACAGGCUAUACAUCUAA